AUGCCCUCAACCGCCAUCCUCUUCGUCCCAGGCGCCUGGCACAGCCCAAGCUGCUUCAACCAGGUCAUCGACCUCCUCCAAUCCACCACAAUCUACACCACCGACGUCGUCCACCUCCCAUCCGUCGGUCCCGAGAACCACCACUACCUUCAUGACUUCACCGUGGACGUCCAGCAAAUCCGCACCCAGAUCCUGCGCCUCGCCGCUGCCACCCACCGCAUCCUCGUGUUCGCGCACUCCUACGGCGGCGUCGUCGCCAGCGAGGCCAUUCAGCACCUGGACUUCGAGACCCGCCAGCAAGCAAACCUCCCCGGCGGCGUCACGCAUCUCUUCCUGUGCUGCUCUUUCCUCAUUCCCGAGGGCCGCUCGCUCAGGGACGCACUCGGCGGUCAAGACGCCCCCUGGGUGGAGGUCUCGGCGGAUCGGAUGGCGGCGAUGCCUCGUAAUCCGAUCGAGGUGUUCUAUCAGGAUGUGCCGGAGACGGUGGCGCGCGCGGCCGUGGCGGAGCUGAAACCGCAUAGCUAUCGCACGUUUCUCAGCGUCUGUCGCUUUGCGGCGUGGAGGGUCGUGCAGAUCACGUACCUUUAUUGUGAAAGGGAUCGGGCGAUCCCGGUGGCGGUGCAGAAGCAAAUGGUGGAGCAGGUCGGGCAGGGGCAUGGUAUUCGGACGGAGACGCUGGAUGCUGGGCAUAGUCCGUUUUUGUCGAGGGUGGAGAAGGUGGUUGCUGCGAUUCGCGGAGCUGCUGAGCUUUGA